CACAAGGAAGGGACUUGCUUAGGGUCAUGAACGUCAGCUGGAUUCAAUUGGACCGGUAAUCUUGUCCCACAGCACCCAACUUGGUCUGGCAUGGAAGGGGGCAGACUUAGCUUGGAAAAGCAGGAGCUCUAGGUCAGCAUGGUGCUUUCAUUUGGGUCUCCUGCUUCCAUUCUUAUCUUACACGUUGGGCUGAAACAAGAAGUAGAUGGCUCAGACAAUCCACUUCUCAUUUUGUGUUGAAAGAGUGCACGCUCCAAGCCAUGUGGAAUGCAAAACAGGCAGGAAUGAAAGUUGGGAGAUCCCAUAAAGGAACAUGGACUAAACCUUGGCACUAAAAAGGUGGGCUUCUCAGAUCUGCUUCCAUGAGGGUAGCAUGCCUGCUAUGCUUCAUUUUGCUCUUGUUUUCAAAAUAUCUGCUUUCUCUAGGAACAAGGAGGGCAAGCUCCUUCCCUGGGCUUCUAGCCACAACCAAGGGGUCCAGGUGUGGACCUUCUGCCCUUCCAGGUGCAGCACCACUGCAGCUAUGAACAGUUGGCCCUGCUUGGAGGAUGGACACAUACAUGCAUUCCCACCACGCCAUGGGCCAACAAAUCCUAAGUACCUGUCAAGCCUGUUGAGGGUGAGCCCCAGGCUGGCUCACACACCCCAACUAGACGUUCCGGGCUGCUCAUCAGGCACUCUGUCAUCUCCCCGAGCCCCAUGUGCACUGCGCUUUGAUGUGGGGAUGCAAUCAGCCACUCUCCAGGCAGCACAGCUUCUCCCAGGCACUGGGCCCUGGGGCGGCCUGUGCCUGCUGAUCUCCAGCACUGGUCUCCUCGCUCUGACUGUCUUGCACCCUUACCCGGGAAGGCACCCCUGCCACAGCCUGGAGUGUUGCGUGCUUUCUUCCCAGGUGUCCUCUCUCCAGCAAAGCACUUACCACACUGUACAGCUGUAUCUAGUUUUUCUGUCUGUGCCCCUUAAGCUUUGUGGUUAAAAGUCUUUUCCUGUCUUUAUUCCUGUUUGCUCUGUGUACUAUUGAAUGGAGCAGCAGACCUGCAAUUGUAUUUGUUGAAUAAAAUCUGAUAAUAUUGCUGUGGUGGCCCGCACACAGUAUGGGGAAAACAAGUACCCCUUUAAGCCUUUUGUGGAAGUGAAAUUUGGCACAUUGGGAAAAUCUGGCACUAUCUGUCAAAAUUCAAAUUGUGGUCAGCAAAAUUUUUAUUUUGAAAUUUAUUUAUAGGUCUAUAAGCCUAUGCAAGAAAUAAGUUUAAGACUAUCCACCAAAGCAUUAUUUAUACAGCCAAGGAUGAAACAGUGUAAAGAUGCAUCAACAGAGGGCUUGUUAAACAACACAUAUCAACAAAACAGAAUAGCAUGCACCCAUGUAAAGAGGUCACA